AUGGUUGUUGUUAAAUCGGAGCCAAAAGAUUUGUAUUUGUUCUCGGAUGAGUCUCUCCAAUAUGGGGAUGAUACGUUGAUUGAUGACAAGGAUGCUUUGAAUGACGAUGAAGAUAAUAUGAAUGAGACGGAUGAACUCCAAGAUCAAGAUUGUUCGUUGUCUGACCGUCAGAUGAGCGAAGAGCAUGACUUGGACGAUUCGGAUAUGGUUACCACCGAGAGUAUUGAUGCCGCAACUGGUUUGACCAUCACUACUACUGUUGGUUCUGGUGCUAAUAAGCGCAAGGAAGUCAUGACUUUGCCCCUCCCCCCUGGUUCGCUUCCUCCUCGUAAGCGUGCUAAGACCAAGGACGAGAAGGAACAACGUCGUAUUGAACGUAUUAUGAGAAACAGACAGGCGGCACAUGCGUCUCGUGAAAAGAAGCGAAAACAUGUUGAAGAACUUGAAAAGAAGUGUGUUGUUUUGACUAGUGAGAAUGAACAACUUCAACAAAACAUGCGUCAAAUGAAGGAAUCCCAAGUACAAAUGUUGGAGCAACAUUAUCUGUUGAUGGCCAAGGUCCAGCAACUUCAAAAUGUUCUCAAGACUGCCAAGACUACUGGCGAUUUGAGUGUAUUGGAUAGUGCCGACUUCACUGUUAGUCUUCCUUCGAUGCCAACUGCUACUUUACUUAGCCAAGGCUCUUCGGAUAUGGUCUCACCUGUUAGUACUUCUACCACUACCACUGGCACCAGUACACCAGGUACUUCGGUUGAUGAUUCUAGUGAGAGAGAUAAACUGCACACCAAAGCCAGUAGAUCCUCGUCUCCAUUAUCAUCAUCGUCAUCAUCAUCAACAAUGUUACUGAGUUCAACAGUAAAGGAAGAAGAAUGUACCUCACCAGAAGCAUUGCUUUUGAGUAAUGUCAUCACGACAGCUCCUAGCUUGUCCAACUCCCCACUUCAAUCUGAUAAUCUCGAUUUCGACGACUCAUCAAAUGAAUCAACAAUCUCGACCCCUCCGUCUCACAAUACCUAUAUCAAACAAGAAUUGUUCGAGGACGACAAAGACUCCUACAACUUUGAAAACUCCAACCAGGCGCAUCAUCCAGCAGCGGUGAUGUGUGACCAGCAGCGUCUUCGGUUGACGAAGUUUUCUCCUCUGUCGGAGUCUCUUCCUCAGUCAAUAACGGUUUGA